CAGACCCUUGUGUGUCUGUGACAGUAACAUUAGACAUACUGGAGCAGUGCUGCACUGUUCUGUCCCGGUACGAGGAGCAGGCAGGUGAACGGGUUAUACGAGACUUAAGAGUCGUAGACACCGCCCAUCUUUCAGUCAAAGGUGUGUGCGCACUUUGACUCACUUUUUCUCAACUGCAGAGGCAUUUAACCCCUUAGCCUGUACAAGCCGCGGUGAUAUUUUGGUAGCCUGCAUGAAUACUGCUGGGUGUACCUCAUGACGCAGUCGUAACUCCGCUCGUGAUCAGCAGCAUAAAUGUUUUGUCCCGUGUUUCGGGUAUGGUUGCUUCUGCUGGGAGGGUUCGCGCUGCCAGGGGUUCAGCAUGUUGGUUGCAUUGAAAUCAUCACACCAGCAGAAGUGGAGGCAAUCAAUGGGACAGACGUGAAACUAAAGUGCACUUUCAGCUCCACCUCCCCAGUGUCACUGCAGACUGUCACAGUGUCCUGGAAAUUCCGCCCAAUGGUGACUGGACUAGAAGAAUCAGUGUUUUAUUAUGAUCAGAAGCCCUUCCCUCCCGAUCAAGGCCGUUUCAAAGGCCGUGCUAUUUGGUCUGGGGACAUCCUGAGGAAAGAUGCCUCCAUCACACUGCAGGAAGUGCUUCCAACCUUCAAUGGCACCUAUGUCUGCCAAGUCCAUAACAAGCCUGAUGUCCACGGCAACAACGGGGAGAUCACCUUCCGAGUGGUGGAUAAAGUGUCCCUCUCAGAGAUCAGCAUGCUGGCCUUAGCAGUGGGGGGUGGCAUAGUUCUGAUCCUGAUCAUUCUCAGCAUCACUGUAACAGUGAAGAUCUGCAGGAAAAGGAGAAUGAACAGAGACAUUGAGGUGCAUGUUCCAGAGGAACGGUGGAAGGACCCCACAGUUUGCAAACCCGAGGAGGCCAUUCAUUUGACAAGAGUGUCAAAGAAGAAAAAGGCAGAGAGCUCAGAUGAUGAAGAGUCUGAGGAGAGCAGUGGAGACGAUGAUGAUGAGGAUGGAGAUGAAGGGGAGGAGGAUGACGAUGAUGACGAUGAUGAUGACGACGAUGACGACGAUGACGACUAACCCCGUUUUUUGUUUUGUUUUUUGUUUUUCUUUUAUUCAUUCAAAUGACCAAUGUAUAUAGCAGUGUUUCUACUGGUGUCAGGGCUCAGAUGAUGAAACAAGUCUUUGGUUGAGGACUGAAUGUCUUAAAGCCUUUUAUGCAAAACCAAUGUAGUAUUUUUUUCUCAUUUUAUUAAUUGUCUUGCAUUGCUGGAUAUCAAAAUAUGCUGCCACUUUUUACAAGUACAUGUAUGUUUUGUACAAUAGUACUAUAUAUAUUGUUUAUAAGAGACUUAUUCUGCAGCUUUGUGGAAUUAUUUUUAGAAUAAAUAUGUUUUUGUUUA